CCGACUACAUCAAAAUCUGCAAAAGGAACGACCCAAAAUUGGAUGAAUGUAUCCUACAUUCAGUGGAAGAUUUGAGGCCAAAACUAAAAACGGAAUCCCUGAACUGGAGAUUCCAGCGAUCGAGCCCCUAAUCCUUCCAGAGGUUGUGGUUUCUCCAGGAGGAUCUUUCAAAGCGGUCGGAAAGGAUGUCACAGUUCAUGGAGCUGGAAAUUACAAAGUCAAGAAACUAACGACCGAUUUGAAGAAUUUGGUGUUCAGUCUGGUGGUAGCUAUUCCUUCCCUGCAUUUCGAGGGCAAAUACGAUGUGAACGCCACAGUUCUGGGGGUUCCCAUCCAGGGAAAAGGACCCAUGAAAGCUAAUGCUACUGACGUAACAGCUGAUCUAGUGUUGAAGGGCAAGGCUUCGAAGCGUGGAGGCAGCAACUACAUAGACUUCUACAACAUUGAGCUGGGAAUUGACCUGGGAAACUAUGACAUCAAGCUCGAAAACCUAUUUAACGGAGACAAGGCUCUUGGAGACGCAGUAAACAUCGCAAUCAACGAAAACAAACAGGAAUUCAUGAAGUCUCUGAAACCAGUUGCCGAAAGGGUGGCAGCUGAAAUGGUUCUCACUAUUGCCAACAAAAUAUCGCGAAAAUUUCCCUUUGACACUGUUUUUCCCGAGAAUUAACUUCCUGAAACCCAACUGUUCUCUUCAAACUAUUUUCAUAUCAUCGUAAACUAAAACCAAAUUUGUCCCAUCUUGGGAUUCAGGACUUGUAAGUUUGAUUUUUCCAAGGAACACGAUAUUCAAGAGAGGAGAUUGAUAUUGGACUCUCACAUUAUGCUCUCUCUCUCUCACCGACUCACUCAGUCGCUCUCUCUCUUUCCUCUACCUAGAACUGUUUCUCUCUACCUCUCUCUGCCUUCCCUAACUUAAAACUUCCCGGGCUGACAAAUAAUUUUUGUAUAGUAGCGCUCAUCGAAUUUCCAUCUAGCUGUUUACCCUGUUGUCAAUAUUUGCAGUAGCAGAAGUCUUCGGGGUGAUUUACAGCAUUUAAUUGAGAUUUUCGUUUAAUAAUAAUUACUUGUAAUUUUAUUUUCUUUCGUGAGCUAUAUCAAGAAAUAAUAUCUCUUAUAUCAACUGUCAUGUCCCAACAACCUUCCAUGUUAUUUUCUCAGUAGCUCUCUCUCUCUUUCUUUCGCUGUCUCUCUCUCUCUCUCCCUUCCUUCCCUUUUAUCAAACUCACUCUCUCACUCUCUCUCUCUCUCUCUCUCUCUCUCUCUCUCUCACUCUCUCUCUCUCUCUAUUUGAGGGUUGAGUGAAGGAGAGGACCGGCUGCGCCCUAACUCCGCUCUCCUAGGACGAAAUAAGGCAGCGAUUCUAUCCUACUCUAUUCUAUUCUCUCUCUCACACACACGCACACACAUAUUUCUCUACAAUACCAUAGAUAAAGGUUAAGCAUAACUAUAUUUCUUGUCUCUGACAAUACCUUCUCACGAUACACUCACAAAAAAUAGAUAAUAUAUUUUACCAUGAAAUUUUUGUAUCUAAAAAUCGUACAACUACUCUACUCUCUCACUCUCACGCACACACUCUCUCUCUCUCUCUCUCUCUCUCUCUCUCUCUGUCUGUCUCCUUCGCUCUUUCUCUCCCCCACACACAUAUAUCUCUUUACAAUAUCUCCUUAAUUUUCAACUCUAUACUCACAAAACAUAGAUUAUAUAUUUUUUGAUCAUGGAAAUUUUCUAUAAUGUAUCUACAAAAUUGUACAACUAGGCUACUAUAUAUUUUUUUCUAAGAUACAACACACAAACCUAUUAUUUUAUAGACUGUUUCUAUGUUUAUUGUUUAUUUCUGUUGCUAGUUUUUAAGUUUGUGGUGUUUAUUCUCUGUUGCGUGUUGUCUCUGUGUUUACUGUAGUUUGCAUUCAAGGUUGUAUUUGUAAAUAAAUAGAAAUUGUUGAAUGCAA